AUGAUUGAGGAGCAAGACAAUAAGACAACAGAGAAUAAGACAACAGAGAAUAAGACAACAGAGAAUAAGACAACAGAGAAUAAGACACGAGAGACUAAGACAACAGAGAAUAAGACAACAGAGAAUAAGACAAUAGAGAAUAAGACACGAGAGACUAAGACAACAGAGAAUAAGACAACAGAGAAUAAGACAACAGAGAAUAAGACACGAGAGACUAAGACAACAGAGAAUAAGACAACAGAGAAUAAGACAACAGAGAAUAAGACACGAGAGACUAAGACAUCAGAGAAUAAGACAACAGUGAAUAAGACAAUAGAGAUUAAGAAAACAGAGAAUAAGACAUCAGAGAAUAAGACAACAGAAAAUAAGACAACAGAGACUAAUACAUCAGAGAAUAAGACAACAGAGAAUACGACAACAGAGAAUAAGACAAUAGAGAUAAGACAACAGAGGCAAUAUGACAGUUGUUCUCAACUUAGCUCGGCCUGUGGGUCUACUAACCAAUAUGUCAGGGGUUGCAUCACAUCCAAAAAUAUUACAAUAUUCCUGAAUUUUCCAAAACUUAAUAAUUUGAUCAUAUAAGUACUAAGUACUAAGCCAAUGAAAUACAAGUGUGAAGUAUUGAGUUGAGA